AUGGAGGAUUUAGAUGCUUUGCUGGCAGAACUGGAGCAGAGCUCUCACCCGGGCUCCAAGGACUGCAUGCUGCAGGUGCCGAGCUCCUGCAAGCAGGAUCUGGCCACAGCCGGGCCCCCAGCACCCAGUGGCCAUGAGCGGCUUGCCUCGGCGGCCCUGAAGGUGCAGCUGCCACCUCAGGCUCAGCCUCCAGGAGAGGCUUUGAAGACAGUCUACAGGUCCUUCCUGUUUUCCCAAAUGCUGGGCCGCCAGCCCUUCUGCGAGCGGGGCGGGCGGGCAUACUGCGAGGAGGACUACCACCAGGCCUUCUCCCCCCGCUGCGCCUACUGUGCCAACCCCAUCCGUGAGAAAGUCCUCACGGCCCUGGACCAGACCUGGCACCCCGAGCACUUCUUCUGUGCCCACUGCGGGAAGGUGUUUGGAGAUGACGGCUUCCAUGAGCGGAGCGGGAAGCCGUACUGCCGCCAGGACUUCCUGGCCAUGUUUGCCCCGAAAUGCCAGGGCUGCGAGCGUCCGGUGAUGGACAAUUACCUGUCGGCCCUGCAGGGCGUCUGGCACCCCGAGUGCUUCGUGUGCGCGGAGUGCCUGAACGGCUUCGCCAUCGGCUCCUUCUUCGAGCUGGAGGGUCGGCCCUACUGUGAGCUGAAGUGA